CGUCAUCACCCCUCAGACCUACGGGUGCAGUUUGUGAUGAAACGUAACUAAAAAAAAAAACAACAACUGUCAGUCCGUGAAUGGAUGAGGCCAGCUGAGACUCCCGGCUGUUCCCACAGGACGUUUUCUGAUUCACUCCGAGUCUCCAGCGCGUGUCUGAGCCGGAGGGAAGCUGCCGUUCGCGGGGAUUGACGUCAGAAAGCCUGCGUUGGUUACCUCCAUCACCUCCGGUAGCAGAAACAGUCAUUACAGCUGAUGAGUGGACCUGCAGCUUCUGUAUAAAGAGGCCGAGCUGAAGCCUCUGCAGACUGUCGGCCCAGGAGAAACCAUCAGGAGCUUCUGCUGCAGGAAAGGCUUUCUUCAGGUGCUGCUUCUCCUCCGAUCCCACCCUCCGUCUCACCUUACAGGUGAUCCGUGGCAUCACUCGGCAUACUGACGGCCUCGGGCCGGGCUCACUGAAACCAGAACUUUAAGCUGCAGCUGCCGUCAGGGGGCCUGAAGGAACAGAAAACAUCCAUCACCCUCUGAAGGAGUCAUGCUCAUCCGGUCCCGUCAUGGCUGGCCCACUAUGACCAUCGCCCUCCCCUGUUCCCAGCCAGCGCUCCUCCUCCUCAUCGUGCUCCUCUGCCCGGUCGGUCAGGCUUCAGGUCAGGGAGGAGAUCAGUCACCUGCGCAGGUGCUUCAGGACCUGCUGGCCCGCUAUGGGGACAACAGCACCAUCACGGUGCCUCAGCUGCGCUCGCUGCUAGCUGCCCUCAGCCGGGGUCAAAGUGAUGGCGAGGAGGUGGAGACGACACAGGCCACGCCCCUCAAAACCAACGCCUCAAAGUGUCUGCCCGCGGACACGCUGGCGUUCUACAGCAUCAGCGAGCAGACCCGGGUAGACGGGCCGGGCUUCCAGAAGCUGUGUCCCACCAUGCUGCAGCAGCUGGACGCCGGUGCCUGCAAGAAGAAGGAGGGGGAGGAGGAGCCGAGCGCUGACUCCUCCCCUCGGCCCUCAGACGCAGAAGUGUGGGGUUAUGGGAUCCUGUGUGUGACACUGAUCUCUCUGUGCUCGCUGGUCGGGGCCAGCGUGGUGCCCUUCAUGAGGAAAACCUUUUACAAGCGGCUGCUGCUCUACUUCAUAGCCCUGGCCAUCGGCACGCUCUACUCCAACGCUCUGUUUCAGCUCAUCCCAGAGGUUAGCGCCACGUCUGCUCGAUUCGCUGAGCGCUUGGGUGAAAAAGGGGCCUUUGGCUUUGACCCGAAGGUGGACUUCUACGUGUCCAAAUCUGCGGUGGUCUUCGGGGGCUUCUACCUCUUCUUCUUCACGGAAAAGGUCCUGAAGGUCCUCCUUAAACAGAAGCAUGGGGGCCACGGCCACAGCCAUCACACCGGGGCGGAUCAUUACUCGAUGCCUCAUGAGGACUUGGAGGAGGGGGAGAAGCUGCAGCAGAACGGCGAGGCUAACAGUUUAGCUCAGGGGAAGGUGGACGCAGGCGAAGGCGAGCUGAUGCUCAGUCCUGGACAAACACCGCCGGAGUCCCAGAGUCCAGACAACGUCUCCCGCUCCGGAAGGCGUGGCGGCGCCUGCUACUGGCUGAAAGGAACGACCUACUCUGACAUCGGCACUCUGGCCUGGAUGAUCACAUUGAGCGACGGGCUGCACAACUUCAUCGACGGGUUAGCUAUCGGCGCCUCCUUCACGGCCUCCGUCUUCCAGGGCAUCAGCACCUCCGUGGCCAUCCUGUGUGAAGAGUUUCCUCAUGAGCUGGGAGACUUUGUCAUCCUGCUGAACGCGGGGAUGAGCCUCCAGCAGGCGCUCUUCUUUAACUUCCUGUCGGCGUGCUGCUGCUACCUGGGGAUGGGCUUCGGGAUCCUGGCGGGGAACAGCUUCUCGCCCAACUGGAUCUUCGCUCUGGCCGGAGGGAUGUUCCUCUACAUCGCUCUGGCGGACAUGUUUCCAGAGAUGAACGAGGUGAGCCGCGAGGAGGAGGACGCCGGCGGCAGCCGCUUCCUCAUCACCUUCGCCAUCCAGAACGCGGGGCUGCUGACGGGUUUCUCCAUCAUGCUGCUCCUCACCACGUACUCGGGUCACAUCCAGCUGGGCUAGCGUCGGAGCGUCUGGGGUUUCGGUCGUGCGGCUGGUUCGCACCACUUCCUGUUUCCUCCUAAAGUUUGAAAACAUCGACUGGAGCAGCAAAAUAAAAAAACAAGACGAUGUUUUGAACCUCCAGAUCCCAGACCUGAUCAGAACUUUAGGAGCUCCUUUUUUUUCCCAUUUCAUACCAAAAAAUCAGAAACAAUCUUUAUGGACCUAAACUGGAAUUAUUACCCAAACAACUUCCAGGUGUUUUUUUAUUUUUAUUUGUUGUAGCGGGACGUCAAGAGACCAAAAAUGACCAGAUAGUUUUUCUCCAUGAAGGGCUAAAUGAAAACUGAACCGUUAUCUGUAGUUUCCCAUCAGAUUAAUUAUUAAUAAUCCAGAUUAAAGCUGCUCGUUGCAAAGUAGUGAUGUUUGAUCAAAUCAAUGAAGUAAGAAACUUUUUUAUGUUUUGUUGUUUUGUGUCUCCACCUCAUGAACACAAUAUUCUGUAACUUCCUGCAGGUUUUUAUGAAGAACGUGGUCAGUGUUACACCUCAGUUAGUGUUGAAGAGAAACAGAAACCUGCAGUUUUAUGUCAGGACAGGUGAGUUGACAGGUGAGUUGACAGGUGAGUUGACAGGUGAGCGUUCUCUCCGCCGAGGCUCAAAACUGCAACAACUCCUUUAUUUUGUAGAGUUUCAACCUGUUCUCCAGAUCAAACAGAAUGUAAGAUGUUCUCGCUCACGUGUUUGUGAGACGAAGCGAGGACUAAGCCCCGCCCCCUGCAGCAAACACUAAGCCCCGCCCCCUUCAGAAAACUACCAGCAGCUGCAUGUGUUCAGGUUCGCAGGACGUUUGACACAAACGCUCCGACUGACCAGGUCCAGUCCAGAGAGAGACCAGGUCCAGUCCAGAGAGAGACCAGGUCCAGUCCAGAGAGA